AUGUGUAAGGAUACUUCUAUCUAUCAAAAAGACGAUGGUUUAGAGUGGACCUCAACGAUGAAAGUCUUGCUGAAGCCUUUACUUACUGAAGGCGAUAAUGUGAUUGAGCCCUAUGGUACAUUCAGCCCGUCUUUCACGUCUUCUAUACCACUGCAGGACUCGAGUUGGUGGCUCGAGAAGCAUAUUACGGAACCGGAAAAGUUCGAGGAAGUGUUAGCGACGCAUCGAACUCGGCUGAUCAACACGCCGGAGAUCGCUGUUCACUUCAAUCAGUCUACAUUGAUACAACUCUGCUCCCUAGAUACGACUGAGGCUCUCCGUCUCUUUAUGUAUCACCUUUCCGGGAAGAACUUUGGACUACAGGACGCAUUCGAGCAGUAUUGUCAAGACCAUCAUGACCUUAAAGUAUUUUUAGUUUGCCAGAAACAAAGUACAUCUUUGGCAUCUCGUCUAUCUCAGCUUUCGCCCAAAACGACACCUUCGCUACCUUUGCCAAAGUACAUAAAAUUUAGUACUUCUCGCCCCUUGUCUGUCGUAACUGAGCGUAAAGAAAUUAUCCCGAAGAAAAUUAAGCCACCAUCCUCCAUCCUAGAUAAUAACACUUCGAUCUCCUCAGACUCUACUUACAACACAUCUAGCUCCCACUCAUUGACUUAUAAUUCUGCGAAGCAGGUCAUUGCUCUGACUGCGCCGGCCUCCAUCAACGGGGGGGUGCAGCCCAAUGAAAAAAUUGAGAUAGGGAUUGAAUUACAAGGCAAACAUCUACCAUGGUCACAAUCUACGCUUUUCUUCAGCUUGGUCGGGACUUGUCAGAUAUGUCACUUCAAGCCCAAAUGGCACGCCAACUUCUCAACUGAAAGGAAUUGUUCAACUACCUACUCGAUAUUUUCGCUCAGCAAUCCACCCAAGUCCCAAUAUAUUGCAGCGGGCGAGCAGCUAGGCACAUACCGCCUAUUGGCCACCAUCCUUUUGCCUGAUCAGGGCACCAUGCAAUAUAUGUUCAACAUCACGGGAGUCCCAGGACUAACCUCACAGAGCUCACCAGACAAAUCUCGCAAAACGUACACGACAUCGAUGCCCAUAACUCCAUGUCGGAUAACUCGUUCUAAAGCGCUGGGAGCCGAUCUUUCCGUUAUGAUGAACGAUCGGGCCACAACUAUCAAAAUCUUAGUUCGUCACUAUGCUAUCCUUGUACGUAGUUUUUCAUGGAAGGUUAUGCCACAAAAACAGACGACUUACUACAUUAUCCGUUUGAAAGCUUAUCAAUCUGAAGAUAACGUGGCUCAAAAAUUAAAACAAAUCGCUCAGAAAAUUCACGUUAGAAUGAUCUGGAAAUCUCAGCCGACCCCGACUUCCUUGGUCAAAAGUAAAACUCUCCAGGAAGGUCGACACCAUGACAUGGCCUUUCACACAUGUGAGGAAAGCAUUGAGAAAUGGUUAAAAAUCGAAGGAUCCAUCCCGCUUCCUGCUCGCAGUAAAUAUAACGAUUCUGUCUGUCUCGCUAAUAGCUGGUAUGGCCUCAAUGUCAACAGUUCAUUGACGCAACCAGAAAGCCUACUUUUUUCGGUUCCGUUGCGAGACUGA